AUGGCCGGCACGAUUAACGUGCCAGGAGAGAUUUCGGAAAUUGUUAAUGAACCUAAGCUGAAUGUGAAGAAGGAGGAGCUGCAUGUGAACAAGGCGGAGCUGAAUGUGAAGAAGGAGGAGCUGCAUGUGAAGAAGGAGGAGCUGAAUGUGAAGAAGGAGGAGCUGCAUGUGAAGAAGGAGCUGAAUGUGAAGAAGGAGGAGCUGCAUGUGAAGAAGGAGGAGCUGAAUGUGAAGAAGGAGGAGCUGCAUGUGAAGGAGGAGCUGAAUGUGAAGAAGGAGGAGCUGCAUGUGAAGAAGGAGGAGCUGAAUGUGAAGAAGGAGGACCUGCAUGUGAAGAAGGAGGAGCUGCAUGUGAAGAAGGAGGAGCUGAAUGUGAAGAAGGAGGACCUGCAUGUGAAGGAGGAGCUGAAUGUGAAGAAGGAGGAGCUGCAUGUGAAGAAGGAGGAGCUGCAUGUGAAGGAGGAGCUGAAUGUGAAGAAGGAGGAGCUGCAUGUGAAGAAGGAGGAGCUGAAUGUGAAGAAGGAGGACCUGCAUGUGAAGAAGGAGGAGCUGCAUGUGAAGAAGGAGGAGCUGAAUGUGAAGAAGGAGGAGCUGAAUGUGAAGAAGGAGGAGCUGCAUGUGAAGGAGGAGCUGAAUGUGAAGAAGGAGGAGCUGCAUGUGAAGAAGGAGGAGCUGAAUGUGAAGAAGGAGGAGCUGCAUGUGAAGAAGGAGGAGCUGAAUGUGAAGGAGGAGCUGAAUGUGAAGAAGGAGCUGAAUGUGAAGGAGGAGGAGCUGCAUGUGAAGAAGGAGGAGCUGAAUGUGAAGAAGGAGGAGCUGCAUGUGAAGAAGGAGGAGCUGCAUGUGAAGAAGGAGGAGCUGAAUGUGAAGAAGGAGGAGCUGCAUGUGAAGAAGGAGGAGCUGCAUGUGAAGAAGGAGGAGCUGAAUGUGAAGAAGGAGGACCUGCAUGUGAAGAAGGAGGAGCUGCAUGUGAAGAAGGAGGAGCUGCAUGUGAAGGAGGAGCUGAAUGAGGAGCUGAAUGUGAAGAAGGAGGAGCUGAAUGUGAAGAAGGAGGAACUGAAUGUGAAGAAGGAGGAGCUGAAUGUUAAGAAGGAGGAGGAGCUGCAUGUGAAGGAGGAGCUGCAUGUGAAGGAGGAGCUGCAUGUGAAGAAGGAGCUGCAUGUGAAGGAGGAGCUGCAUGUGAAGGAGGAGCUGAAUGUUAAGAAGGAGGAGCUGUAUGUGAAGAAGGAGGAGCUGCAUGUGAAGAAGGAGGAGGAGCUGCAUGUGAAAAAGGAGGAGCUGCAUGUGAAGAAGGAGGAGCUGCAUGUGAAGAAGGAGGAGCUGCAUGUGAAGAAGGAGGAGCUGCAUGUGAAGAAGGAGGAGCUGAAUGUGAAGAAGGAGGAGCUGCAUGUGAAGAAGGAGGAGCUGUAUGUGAAGAAGGAGGAGCUGAAUGUGAAGAAGGAGGAGCUGCAUGUGAAGAAGGAGGAGCUGAAUGUGAAGAAGGAGGAGAUGUGGUGA